AUGCUCAGCGCCUUCAUCACACACGCACCUUCGCCCCUCGCUCUAAGAGCGUCCAAAGCCGUAAGGCAUGCUACUACGUCGAACCCUGCCCGUUUCACUGCCUCCAUAGCCCCGGUCCCCCUCAACAAAUCCGUCGACGUCCACAUCGUUCCCAUUCUCUCCGACAACUUCUCCUAUUUAAUUCACGACAAGAAAUCGAACGUCGCCGCUGUCAUUGACCCAGCAGAUCCCCGCAGGCUACUUUCCCUUGCCAAUUCCCUCAAUGUCAACCUCACAACAGCCCUUGUUACCCACCACCACUGGGAUCAUGCCGGUGGCAAUAGCGAGCUCGCCGCCCUCGUACCCGGCAUCGAAAUUGUCGGCUCCGCUUACGAAGAUGCCGAAGCUGUAAAUGUCAAGAUGGAAACAGGCACAUCGCGAGCGAUAAAAGACUCUGACCUGUCGUACACGGCUUUGAAGACCCCUUGCCAUACAAUGGGGCACAUCUGCUUCUACUUUCAGACCGAGCAGCCAGCCGUUUUCUCUGGCGACACCCUCAUGGUGGCGGGCUGCGGAAAGUUUUUCGAAGGUGACGCCGCUGAUAUGGAAGUCUCACUCAACAAAACCCUCGCGCAACUCCCAGACCAAGCUCUUGUGUUUUGCGGCCAUGAGUACACCGUUACAAAUCUGUCAUUCGCACAGUCUGUCGAUCCCUCUAACCCCCGUGUCAAAGAGAAGCUUGCUUGGGCAAAGGAACAAGUUGCAAACCACCAACCUACUGUCCCAUCGACUAUUGGUGAUGAAAAGAUGUCCAACCCCUUCAUGAGAACAAGUCGCCCGGAGCUUGCCGAAGGUCUCGAUUUGAGAAAUGCUUCCGCUGCAGAAGUCAUGGGAGUCUUGAGAGAAAGAAAGAACAACUUCCGGCUGUAA